GGAGCGUACGAGCACCGGUGCAGGGAGACGUGUGGCAGCCACAACACAGCUGGGACCCACAGCUGCCUUCACCUGUCCUCGUCGCCCCUACACCACCACCAUGCCCACCGUCUCUGUGAGUCGGGACGCCUUGUUUAAGGCUCUCGACAAGUCUUACUCGGAUGAAGAAUUUGAUGAGCUGUGCUUCCAGUAUGGGUUGGAAGUCGAUGAUAUAGUUGAUGACCCAGAUAAAGGGGUAACAUACAAGAUUGAAGUUGGAGCCAAUCGCUACGACCUUCUGUGCUUUGAGGGUAUCGCUCGAGCUUUGUGUGUUUACUUGGGAAAGGAAUCGCUUCCAAAUUAUCGUGUAGUGCCAGCCAGUGAACCAGAAAAGUAUAAGCUAAUAGUAAAGCCAUCAACAGCCCAGGUGCGUCCAUAUGUAGUUGGAGCUGUCUUGCGGAACAUGAAAUUUAAUCAGGCUACAUAUGAUUCCUUCAUUGAUCUGCAGGACAAGUUGCAUCAAAAUCUAGCUCGGAAACGCACUUUAGUUGCAAUUGGUACUCAUGAUUUAGACACUAUCUCGGGUCCUUUCAUAUAUGAUGCCAAACCACCGCAAGACAUUUCAUUUGUACCUCUGAACCAGUCUGAGGUUAUAAGAGCUGACAAACUCCUGGAAAUGUAUUCUCAUGAUUCGCAUCUUAAGGAGUAUGUGCCCAUUAUAAAGGACAAGCCUGUUUACCCAGUGAUCACAGACCAGAAGGGUGUAGUGCUGUCUCUGCCACCUAUCAUCAAUGGCAACCACUCCAAGAUUACCCUCAGUACACGAAAUGUGUUUAUUGAGUGUACUGCUACUGAUCGUUACAAAGCCCAGAUUGUGCUGGACACUCUUGUCUGUAUGUUCUCUGGCUACUGUGAACAGUCUUUCACUGCUGAACCAGUUCAGGUAGAGUAUCCCAGUGGAGAGCGUGUCCAGUAUCCAACCCUUCAGUACCGUCAACAAGAAGCAGCUGUUUCGUAUUGCAACAUUUUAACAGGAGUGAGUGAAACUGCGGAAAACAUUGCAGAGAAGCUGACCUCCAUGAGUCUUUCAGCUAAGCCACAGGGACAAGACAAAGUUAUGGUUGAGGUUCCUCCAACCAGAUAUGAUAUUUUGCACGAGUGUGAUAUAGCUGAGGAUUUUGCCGUGGCAUAUGGCUUUGAUCGGUUGGCAGCUGACUUGCAAAUGCCUCCAACAAAUACUAUUGGCCAAGAAAUUGAACUAAACUAUCUCAGUGACAAAUUGAGAUUACUGAUGUCUCAGAAUAACUACACAGAAGCUGCCACAUUUUCAUUAUAUUCAAAGAUGGAUAUAGGUGAGAGAAUGAGAGUGAACAUUGAUAACGUACCUUGGGUUAAAGUGGCUAAUCCCAAAACUACUGAAUGUGAAGCGCUUCGAGUCAGCCUUUUACCCGGACUACUGAAAACAUUGGCUGCAAACAAACACAUCUCCUUACCCCUGCGAUUAUUUGAGGUAUCUGAUGUUGUGCUGCGAGAAAGUUGCCCUACUGCCACCAGAGGCACAGGUGCACUUAAUCAACGACACCUGUGUGCCAUUAACUACAAUGUAAAAGCUGGAAUAGAAAUAGUUCAGGGUCUCUUGGACAAUAUUAUGGUUGCUCUGAAGGUCCCUUAUGCUGGUGAUGAUAUCUCGCAAGGAUAUUAUUUAGAGGAAAAAGAAAAUCCAAGUUACUUUCCUGGGUUUUGUGGGAGUGUGAUCAUCAAUGGGACACCUGUCGGCCACAUAGGACUAGUUCAUCCAGAAGUCAUCACCAACUUCAAUCUCAACAAUCCUGCUGCUGCUCUUGAAAUUAACAUUCAGAAAGUUUUUGAAUUAACCAAUUUUGGACAUUAAAAUACAUUCCAUAAUUGCAAAAUUUUCAGUGUUAGAUCAUGUGUUUCUAGAUACAGGAAGAGUUUAUCUCUUGUUCAUCUAUCAACUUAUAUAUGGGUAUCGUCACUUCUCUUCUGUUUGUGCAUAUUUACAGUCAUGCUUGAGUGCAUGCGCAUGCAGUAUGUCAACAGAUAUUUAAUAGUUGGAUUGUUUGGGUAGAUCUUCAACAGAGAUCAAAUGGAAUGUCAUUUGAGGGAUGUUCAUCCUGUUCAUCUGGUUGCUGAAUACCAAAACAUUUGUAAUAAAAUAUAAAUAAUUA